AUCGAUAUUGCCACCUACUAGCGCCAGUCCGUAGACGCACGUCGCUUGUAUCGCAUGUUCAUCCACGAUUAUAACCUUAAAAUACGGAAAAACAGCCCUGGUAUCAGUGAAACUGAUGUUUUUUUCGCAAAAAUGUGAACGAUAAUACGGCUGAAGGGGUUUUUGGCCGGGCCGCAAGGGGCCCUGGCAUGUGUCGGGCGAAAUGUGCUAGUGCGGUUCUGUGUUAGCUUGAGGAAUUAACACUUAGCACCUUCCUAUCAUGAUUCCGUCUAAACACUGUGAUUCACCCUCUAAAAGGGCUCUAGAAACAUGUGAAUUCAAUAAUAUGUCCUCAACGCCAACGAUUGGGGCCCGACAUUUAAGCAAAUCUACUUCCGAGUUAAGCAGUCCCAGGGAAAUGCCAGAAAUUCGCCCCAGGUCUGCAGCUCCUCCUGAAGUCUCACAUCUGUCAGUAUAUCAAAAAGCUCAUAGUUUUUUCGCACAACUCAAGAGUCGUUGGGGGCACAGCAAACGCGAACGCCGCCACAAAUCGCCCGGCCGCCAAGACUCCACCGACUACGCUGCCGAUCUCAGCAGCGACCACAGCACCCCCAGCACCCAGAGCCCAAGACACCGGCUCCACGCUCGCACAGACUCGCCCUUAAGCCGUGCCUGUCCUGGUGGGGGCGGCGAUACCAGCUCACCCAGCGGCUCCCCCAAGCCCCGUGUGCCCACCUCCAGCGCCGUGGCCGGCCUCGACCUUCUUCCCUUGGGGUCCAACGAUGAAAUCACCCGAAGACGCGAAGCAGUUCUGCGUCAACAUUCCUUCUUUCAAUUACGGAUACAUCUACGUAGGGGAAAUGGAUUGGUCGCCAUGGACAAGAACGGGCUAAGCGAUCCGUAUGUCAAGUUCAAAGUUGGUGGUAGAUUAAUUUAUAAAUCGCGAACGGUUUAUCGAGAUUUAAAUCCAACAUGGGACGAAAGUUUUACCGUACCGAUCGAAGAUCCAUUCAUUCCUAUUCAGAUCAAAGUAUUCGACUACGACUGGGGACUUCAAGACGAUUUUAUGGGUUCGGCAACUCUGGACUUGACCACGCUUGAUCUGGGACGAGCGACUGAAGUUACAAUGGUUUUGCAAGAUCCUGACAGGCCUGACACGACGUUAGGGGAGAUUCUUCUAACUGCUACAUUGUAUCCCAAGAGUCAAGAGGACAAAGAACAGUACUAUCAAAAGAACAGUAGAGUAGCAGAUGUAAACAAACGACUGAAAUCACAAAUAUGGAGCUCCGUAGUGACCAUCGCGUUAGUAGAAGGUAAAAAUUUACUAGCUUGCGACCCUGAAACGGGCACUUCAGACCCAUACGUAAAAUUUAGAUUAGGUAACGAAAAGUACAAAAGUAGGAUAGUGUGGAGAUCGUUAAAUCCGAGAUGGUUAGAGCAAUUCGAUCUGCAUUUAUACGACGACGGUGAUCAACAACUUGAAAUCACCGUCUGGGAUAAAGAUAGAUCAAGGGAUGACUUCAUUGGAAGGUGUGUCAUAGAUUUAACGACUCUGGAACGAGAGCGAACGCACAGUUUAUGGCAACAACUAGAGGAUGGUGCCGGCUCUUUGCACCUCCUCCUCACCAUCAGUGGAACCACUGCUUCCGAAACCAUAUCAGACCUGACCACUUACGAGGAGAACCCGCGCGAAGUGGAAAACAUCAUGAAUAGAUAUAUUUGGCACCGAACAUUCCACAAUAUGAAAGACGUGGGCCACCUCACCGUCAAAGUGUACCGAGCUUCUGGCCUGGCCGCCGCCGAUUUGGGCGGCAAAAGCGACCCUUUCUGUGUUCUGGAGCUGGGAAACGCCCGUUUGCAAACACAGACCGAAUACAAAACUCUCUCGCCCUCGUGGCAGAAAAUAUUCACUUUCAACGUCAAAGACAUCAAUAACGUGCUCGACAUCACGGUGUUUGACGAAGACCGUGACCACAAAGUGGAAUUUUUGGGUCGAGUGCUCAUUCCCUUACUGCGAAUUCGCAACGGGGAGAAGCGCUGGUACGCCCUCAAAGACCGCAAGCUGCGAAGCCGAGCCAAAGGCAACAACCCCCAAAUCCUGCUCGAGAUGAAUCUGGCCUGGAACCCCAUCAGAGCCUGCAUCAGGACGCUUAAUCCCAAAGAAGAGAAAUACAUGCAAAGCGAAGUUAAAUUCAAGCGGCAAGUUUUCGUGAGGAAUGUUCUAAGACUGAAAGUUUUCAUUAUGUAUUUUUACGAGUUCGGGAAGAUCUUCCAGAACUGCUUCGAGUGGGAAUCCAAGGUUCAGAGUUUCGCAGCGCUGCUACUUUUUCUUGUUUUGUGCUAUUAUUUCGAGCCGUGGAUGUUGCCAAUCGCUGGGUUAUUAAUCUUUUUGAAACAGUAUAUUGUGAGAAUUUUGGCGGGCCCCAGUUUGAUCCCUUGGGACGAAACUGCCGAUUCCGAUAUAGAAGAUGAUGAGGACGAUGAUAAGGAAAAGGAAGAGAAGAAGAGUUUGAAAGAAAGACUGCAGGCAAUUCAAGAAGUUACCCAGGGCGUCCAGAAUGCCAUAGGACGCAUAGCUUCGCUCCUCGAAGCCGUUAAAAACACUUUUAACUUCACUGUUCCCUACCUAUCGUGGAUAGCGAUCGGCCUUUUGGUCGCUGCUACCAUCGUCCUGUACCUAAUUCCAAUCAGAUACCUCCUAAUGCUAUGGGGGACGAACAAAUUUUUCCGGCGAAUCCUCCGCCCCCAUUCCGUUCCCAACAACGAAGUUCUAGACUUACUGUCCCGCGUCCCAGACGACGAGAUGUUGAUGUGGGCGAAAUUACUGGCCUGGGCGCUGUCGACCCCUUGGGGGCGCCUAACAGUGUUUGAGUGGUACUUGCAGUUGGACUACAAGGACCUCAAGAUCCUCAUCAAUCCGGAGGCGGAGCGGCGCCGCGACCCGAAAAAGAAGCACAAAGCUUCCUAGUGGAGGACCCGAUUCGUUGGUUUGCGCGAAAACUGGCGGACUCGCUUCGAGAAAAUCAAAGAAAAGGCUGAUUAAAACUUCUUAAUACAUUUCUGUGUGUCGCUAGAUUGUUGUAGUCUCAAAAAUGAUAGUGAGAGUUCGGUGCCCGCUGGUCAUUUACGAAUUUUGACAAAAGUAGAUUUUGAAAAUUUUAAAGUGUUGUCUUGUUGUCGUUGUUGAAGUUUUUAGUUGUUGUUUGAGAAUUGAACCAACAUUCAUUGGCUUAUUUAUUGCGCCAUCAACCUUAAAUUUUAAGAUUUUGUAUUUUUCUACCCACGGAUUAGUUUUAGAAUGUUACAAGUCGCACCUGACGGUGUAAAUUUCGGCGAUUUUUCUCCCAAUUAUGCCAGGCAAAGGUGUUGCAAAUUAAUUAAUCCAACCGACAAUAGGGCCAUAAAUUACUUCCAUUUCUCACAACGACAAAGUCGACGGAAUUUACAUUUUCGUGCACCACUAAAUCAACACCAAUUACAUGUCCGUUUGAGUUCUUCCAAGAGACGUGACCUAGUCCAUCGUCGGCAAAUUUAGACAACUUUCGUUGAUUUAGUGCCUAGGUCUACGGAGCCUAAACUUCCUUUGAUUCACACAAAUUUAUGUAGGGAAAAUGGUGCUUAUGAAUUUAUGUAUAGUUUUAACAUAACGAAAAGGUCCUCACCACUAAUAACUGGCGAUUUAUUUAACACAGCUCGUGCCUCAAACUGCUCCUCAACCGAACACUUAAUAACAAAAAUGAAACAACUUAAAGACGGACCGAUUCGUUCUACUCAAACUUUGUGAUUCUUGAAUUCUUUGUACUUAUUCCAUUACAUGUGUACCUACUCUAUAAGUGUUUUUUGCACACAUUCAGAUUUUAUUGCACAAUAACGUUUGUUGCGUUAUUUUUGCCAAUUGCAAGGAAAGUGAUAUCGAAUAAUGUAAUAAGUUAAUUAUAUUGUAAUUAUCGUUUUUACUAUUAAAAAAAUACGUCCAAA